AGAUACUGUAUUGCUUUGUUUAUGUCGUUUUCCAGAGCUGCUGCAUAUGUGUAAAGCAGGCCCCGCGGGUCCUGGCCUGAGUAACGGGCCAAAACUCACCAAGCGCUCAAGAGAUAGGUUCUGAUACUCAAGCAAUUCAAUGUGAUAGUAAGAAAUGGAUCCUGCCGCGUCGCGCAGGACUUUGCCGAGUUGCCGUCGCGGGGCUGCCGUGGCGCUCGUGCUGCUGCUGGUGCCUACUGGUGCACAGUACUGCAGCGGAGGAGUCUGGGUUGGCGGCGGCACCCCGACCUCGCUCUACGCGGCUCGACAUCCCUCGAAGGCAGCAUUUUGGGCGCGCCGCAGUACACAGCGGGCGGCCCCUGCCUUGCGGGCAGUGCCGUUCUUUUCUCCGCCACCUUCGUUACGUCAGCCCUCCCCAGCACACCAGCGUGCGCGCCCGGGGCGCAGCUCUCCUCGCCGCAGCCUCCCGCCUACGGCUCUCCCCUGCGCCGGCGGCCGCACCGUCUGCGAACCACUUCCAAGGGCUCCGCUGCCUUUGUGGCAGGAGCCCACACCGCCCGCAGCCGUGGGAGUGGGGUUUGCGGGCACCACUGCGGAGCACACGCAUUCCGCCGGGCAGCACGCGGGUUAUGGAGCUGAGGCCGGGAAACGGUGUUGUCUGCUCUCGGCGGGUGCGGCUGCAGGAUCCGUGCCCCGGCCUGCCGUCCGUAAUUCGGCGCAGGUCGCUGUGUCGCAAGCGCGCAGGCGCAUGCCCGCAGCUAGCUGCCGGUACCAGCGACAUGGAAGCGAAGGAGGUGCAGCUGGAGGAGGUGGGCCAGGAGGCGCCUGCGCCGCAGCUAAGCCUCGGCCGACUGCUGCAGACGGAGCCGCAGCAGCCGCGCAAGCAGCAGCGCACUGGGUAUCCCGUUCUGCCACAGCUAGUCCGUGCUGCAGGCCGGAACAGCGACGGCGGCAGUAGCAAUGCCAGCCACAGCGGCGACGCGCGCACGACAAACGUGUCAGGGGCGGCCACAAGCGGCAGCAGCGCGGGCAACAGCAACAACAGCAGCGGCAGCGGCUGCCGGCUCUGAUGCCGCUUCCGCCACCGGCACCGCAUCCAGUGCACGGAGGGUUCCACCGCCACGGCUUCGUUCCUGCCGGUCAGGGACCCCAGCAAGGCACCCGUGGCCGCCUUGGCGCCGCCGCAACGGCAAGAGUGCAGCUCUGCCUGACGCAGGGAGGAGGAGCCGGGGGAUGACGAUGUGGAUGUGCCUCUGCCGAGUGGUCGUGAGCUUACCAUGGCGAGCCCCCGGCUGCAGCCGCCCAACCCUGUUGCAGCAGCGCUGGGUGCAGCAUUCAAGAUCGAUGUCUGGGGAGCAGACGACUUGCAUGCACAGGAGCGGCCCCCGCCGUCGAGGGGUUUGGCAAAGUGCAGGAGCGUCAGCGGUGGCCACUUGUACAUGUGUAUGCGAAAGCAUCGCGUAAGGUAGGCGGCCAGAUACGGAGGCAGUGAUGGAAGGGGGCGGCGGCGGGGACCAGCGUGCGCUUUUUUGCGCACCGUAAAACCGGGCUAGGGAAAGGGCGCCGGUUUUGUUGGAAUGAGUCAUAUGGCCUUCGCGGCUCGCUUCAGCUCUAAGCCGAAAGCGCGAAAUGAACCAAAGUAUCACUGUAAACGACCUGCGCG